AUGAAUUCGAAUCAUUUAAGUCCUACGCAAAAUCAAACAGAAUUCGAUUCUGCUCCAAAGCCGCCACCGCAGCCUCCCCCAGAUGAAAACGUUAAGAGAAGAUUUGUUGUUCACGCUGAAAAGGAUACCUACGAUUUCGUGGCAGAGAGACAAAUUAAAAGACCUACAAACACAUUGGAAUCCACAGGACAUUUAAUAAAAGGAUGCCUCGGCGGCGGCAUAUUGGGUAUACACGAAGCGUUUAUGAAAAGCGGUCUUUGGACCUCUUUGUUUGUCACGAUCAUAUUCGGUUUCUAUAUCGCGUAUUGUGUUCAUAUGCUGAUAACAUCAGCACAAACUCUGUACAAACGAUUGCAUUUACCAGCGAUGUCAUAUCCAGAUUUAGCUGAAGCCUCCUUAGAAGUUGGGCCUUUUCCCAGCUUAAGAAAAUAUAGCAAAUGGUUCAGAUACGCAGUAGACCUAGCAAUAUGUAUAGACCUAUUUGGUGCUUGCUGCGUCUACCAGAUUAUUAUCGCGAAGACCAUAAAAGAAGUUAUAGAGACCACAAUGGGAUUCGAAGAAGGGGAUUUAAACAAACUAAGAUUGUACAUUCUUAUGAUGUUGGUACCAGUUCUUCUACUUUGUAUGAUCACUACACUAAAAUAUCUGGCACCCUUCACUUUGCUGGCAGAUAUUUUUAUUGUGGCCUGUGUGGUAGCAACAAUUAUAUACGGAUAUCAAUCAGCACCACCACUGUCUACUGUACCUGGUUGGAAAAAUGGUAUAGGCUUCUUCGAAUUCUGUGGUAUAGUUAUAUUUAGUAUGGAAGGAAUUGGAGUUUCGUUACCUAUUGAAAAUAAUAUGAAGGAUCCUACGAAAUUUCCACUUAUUUUAAGCGCUGGGAUGUUUGUAGUGCUUACAUUUCUUAUUUUGGUUGGAUUUUUCGGUUAUUGGGGUUUCGGAGAGAAAAGUGUUUCACCAGUCACGUUAAACUUUCCCAAUGAAAUUUUCCCAACAAUAUUAAAAUGUUUGAUGGGAUUGAUGAUAUUUAUUACAUUUGCCCUUAAUUUUUGGGCGCCAUUCAACCUCGUCUGGUACUAUGUGUCCAAGAAGCACGAUCCUCGCAAGCAUUGGAUAUAUGAGCGAGUAUAUCGAGCUAUUUUUGUGGUCCUUAUAACGGCUACAGCUAUUGCAUUUCCUAAUAUUGGAAAUUUGAUGGGUUUGCUCGGGGCUUUUUGUCUCUCGAACAUGGGAUUCAUAUUUCCAGCCAUAAUAGAACUAUUGGUUAUAUGGGAAACUCCAGGACUUGGCAAAUUUAAAUGGCGUCUUUACAAAAACAUAUUCGUAAUUCUUCUAGGAUUGCUAUUAUUUGUAGCUGGAACAUAUUCUAAUGUUAAGAUGUUAAUAGUUAAUUUA